AUUCCUCCUGGUCAGCUCGCGAAUCGGUUCCCUGACGCUGUGUCUGGUACGGUGCUUCCUGCGGUCGCAGUUCCCUCGGGGCCUUCGCAGGCUAGUGCGCAAGUUGCGGUUCCGCUGCUACCCUCGAAUUCGGCUCCUGCCGGUGAGUAUUCUGCUUUCGCCGGAUUAGAUUCAGGGGGCGUUGGCGCACGCGAGUUGCAUGAGUGGGGUUCGGUGCUCCAAGCUAUCAAGAAUGUUCUUAUAACUCUUGAGCGGGGACCUCGCCCUGGAGCCCCUCCCCCAGUGGCCGUGGAUAGCCAACUUCGGGCGGGCUGGGCUAGUUCCGCAGGGUGUGAUUUUGCGGGGGUUGCACCUGACACUUCUUUACAGGUCACCACCCCCCUGGCCUCGGCGCCACCGCUAGUGACAUCUGAGUCCUCUGUGAGUGCUACUGGGAACGCCGUGGUUGUCUCGGGUCUAGGGGUAGCACCCGCUGCGCAUGGGGCAGCUUACAUGUGCUGGUCAGGCCCCCUGGGCCUCCACCUGACGCCUGAUUUGAGGGCUAAAGUAGAAAAAGGGGAAUUCGUAGAAAUUUUUUCCCUCCUCCCUUUGGAAGAUCUUCCUCGGGUGGAUGCGGAUGCUAAGGAGUCUGAAAAAGACAAAGAGAAGUUUCGGUAUCGGAAGAUUCCGAAAACUUUUGGUAACUGGAUUAGGGCCUUUUCUAUCCUGGCUAGCGUGAUAGGUGAAAAGACUCCCAGCAAAUUCUCUUCCCUGUUUUGCUACCAGGACAUGAUAUGGAACGCUUGUCGGGUUUAUGGCGGGUUAGGGUGGUGGCGGUAUGAUGAACAGUUCCGCCAACGGUUUGCAGUUCGCCCUUCCACGAGUUGGGAUCAAAUGGAUAUCGGCUUGUGGUUGGCCAUCAUGACCCGCCCAGCUUCACAUCAAGGGGGCCUUUCGUCCUUUCUUGGGGGGGCCGGCGCUGGGUCCUCAUCUUCAGCGUCGGCCAGUCAGCGGAAGACUGGGUACUGUUGGCAAUAUAAUGACGGCCAAUGUAAGUUCGGUUCAGCCUGCCGCUUCAAGCAUGAAUGUUCCGGGUGCGGCGGUUCCCACCCAGCAUCAAAAUGCUUCAAACGUGGCAAGACUGGCGACAAAGGAGAUGCCAUGGGCGCUAAGGGCGAGGACGCCAGUGGACGUCGACGCGAUGCGCCCUUGGCUAAAGCGUUAUAGCAAUAAGAAGGCGGCUGCCUUGUUAUUGGAGGGUUUUGGGCAAGGGUUUUGGAUCCCUCACCGGGCCCGGCAGGUCUCCGGUUUCUGCCGGAACCUGAGAUCAGUGGCCGAUCACCCGAGGGUGGUCAGGGAAAAAUUGGCUAAGGAAGUAGCGUUGGGUCGCAUGGCGGGCCCCUUUCGGGAACCUCCACUCACCGAUUUGAGGGUUUCGCCACUAGGCGUGGUGCCUAAAAGGGAACCAGGCAAGUUUAGGCUGAUUCACCAUUUAUCGCACCCACAGGGGGGGUUCGGUGAAUGAUGACAUUGCCGCUGAAUUGUGCCGCGUUUCCUACGCGUCCUUUGACGCGGCGGUGGAUAUGGUCAGGGCUGCUGGCCCCGGGGCACUUAUGGCAAAAACUGACAUUGAGUCGGCUUUUCGCCUCCUACCGGUUCACCCGGAGUGCCACCACCUCCUGGGUUGUAUAUUCGAAGGUCAUUAUUAUGUGGAUAUGUGCCUCCCGAUGGGUUGUGCGAUAUCCUGUUUUUAUUUCGAAUGUUUCAGUUCCUUCAUGGAAUGGGUAGUUAGAGCGGAAUCCGGUUACGAUUCCUUGCUUCACUACCUAAACGAUUUUUUAUGCGUUGGCCCUGCGCGCUCCCCAAUAUGCGCGCAACUUCUGCAAGCAGUGGCGGAUGUUGCUUGCGAGUUCGGAGUGCCGCUGGCGCCAGACAAAACAAUUGGCCCUUCCACGUGCCUGUGCUUUCUCGGGAUCGAGAUUGAUUCCGUUGUUGGGGAAUGUCGGCUUCCAUUGGAUAAAUUGUCUGAUCUUCGGGAGGUGGUGCGAGUGGCGAGCGCUUUGCGAAAGAUUACGUUGCAGCGACUUCAAUCCCUGUUGGGCAAAUUGAACUUUGCCUGUCGGAUUAUGCCAAUGGGCAGAGUGUUCAACCGGCGCCUGGCGGCCGCCACGGCUGGGAUUUUGAGGCCGUCUCACUUCGUUCGCUUGACCAAAGCGCUCAGGGAGGACUUGGCAGUAUGGGCAGUCUUUCUGGAUGGGUAUAACGGCAGGUCCUACUGGCAGCAGCCCGAGGUGACGAACUCGGUGCUACACCUGUUUACGGAUGCCGCAGGGUCUUCGGGCUUUGGGGCUAUUAUGGGAAAGCAAUGGUGUGCAGAGCCGUGGCCCGAAUCGUGGUUCACCGCUGGCCUGACCAAGAACAUGGCUUUCUUGGAACACUUCCUCAUUGUAGUGGUUAUCCAUCUUUGGGGGCCAGAGAUCAAGAACAGGCGUGUUGUGUUCCACUGUGACAACCUGGGCGUUGUCCAGGCCAUUAAUAGAUUAAUAGGUUAACGGCCUCCUCCCCUCCGGUGGUUCGGCUCUUGCGGCGCUUGGUUUUACAAUGCCUGUCUUUUAACGUGACUUGCCGCGCUUUGCAUAUCCCUGGUGUGGAGAAUACCACGGCUGAUGCUCUUUCUCGUUUCCACUGGCAGGUGUUUCGUUUGGCCGCGCCGGAAGCAGAUACGGAAGGCCUCCCCUGUCCCAGAGAGUUAUGGUCCCUUGGCCUGAGCGAAUAAGGGAAUGGAUUCGGUCUUCGGUAUCUGAGGCAACUUGGGUUCGGUACGGUAAGGCAUGGGGGGACUGGGUCGCUUUAGAACAGGACCUAGGUGGGUUCGCUUCGACUUCCGCAAGGGUUCAAGCGAUGUUGCGGUUACUCUGGUUGUGGGAGGCUAGCGGGUGUUCUCCGGCUACGGUCUCAGGGAAGCUAUCGGGUCUUAGUUUCUGGUUCAAUUUGACUAAGGUGCCUGACGUUACCAAGGACUGCAUGGUUCGGCUUGCGAUGCGCGGCUGGCGGAAGGACCCACACUUUCGGGAUUCUCGGAGGCCGGUCUCUGGCGCUCUGCUGGUUGGCAUUGUGUCAAUCUUACCCAGGGUUUGUUUUUCCGAUUUGGAGGCACGCCUGUUCCAGGUGGCUUUUACUUUCGCCUUUUUUGGCGCUCUUCGGAUCGGCGAGCUUGUAAGCCCUAGCAAACGGAUCCCAGGGGGCUUGUUGUUCAACGAUGUGUCUGUUGUGUCGGAUUCGGUGCGUUUUUUGGUUCGGCUGUCUGCCCUGUCGCAUCCUUUCAGUCUUAUUGUCUUGGUCGCCCGGGCGUUGAGGGCCCUCUAUUAAUUCAUGGGGAUGGUUCCUUCCUUUCUCGCUUCCAAUUUCUCCGGGUCUUUCGGCUGGCACUCGACCAUCUGGGUAUUUCGAGUGAAGACUUUGGGGGACAUUCUUUUCGGAUUGGGGCCGCAACUGAAGCCUCCCGUUUAGGUUUUUUCGGAUCAGGCCAUUCAGAGGAUUGGCAGAUGGGAAUCGGGGAGGUUUCGGUCCUAUGUACGGCCCACACGUCUGAUUGGUUUCCCCCUUGUGUUUUCUCCACAGGGCCCGGCCGACGGAUCUGGCUGAUCAGUCAUUCUUACAUCUACUGGGCUCACCUGCGGGCAGGGGUACGCCCGGGUGGGACUCGGCUCGGAAUACCUCGGGAGCUGGCGGAGGUCCGAUGGUUCGGGUUCCGGGGCAUGAGAUGGGGUCAGCUAUUGCCUGAGGUCGUGCAGUUAUCCACUUUAUUAGGAGCACCGGAUGUCUUGGUGGUGCAUCUGGGGGGAAACGAUUUGGGGUCGCUGCCUGCGUGGGGCCUGGGGGAACUAAUCAGGCUAGAUUUUGCGCACUUGCGUGUGCUUUUUCCACAACUUUGCUUAGUCUGGUCGGAUAUCGUUUCCAGGAAUUAUUGGCAGUGCGCACGCGAUCAGGGUGCUAUGGAGCGCUGCAGGGUGAAAAGUAAUAAGUGGGUUUCCAAAUUUGUUCUCGGCAUCGGGGGCUUAACAGUGCGACACCGUAUUUUUGAGCGUGAGGCAACAAUCUAUUUUUGCCCGGACGGGGUCCAUCUCACUGAUGUUGGCUUGGACUUAUUUAAUUUAGCGCUACAGGACGCGUUGGAGCAGGCCAUGGCGUUGCUUGGGGGUCGCGCCCGCUGAUUUAGGCGUAAAUGCAGCUGGGGGCUAGUGGCGGGUAUGGUCCUUGCCGAACCUAUUGGGAAGAGGAGUACAGGAAAAGAAAGAUGCUGGGUAUUCCUGACCUCGGAAAAUGUUUGGGUAUUUGGGCGUGCCCUCCGUGCCAGGAAAGGUGGCCAGGGGUUGGCAUGUGGAAUUGGAAGGCCAAAGUGAAGGCCAGGUAUCUUGGACGAGGGGGGAGGGCCGAUGCCUUGGUGGUGGGGUGUACCCUAGAGGUUUGGUGGUACGGUUGGCAAGGACUAGGCAUACUACACCUGGAAGUUAUUUAUGGUUGGUUUAUUUACAUUUGUUCGUUGAUUUAUAAAUAAAGCUGUGGCCUUUUUUAUACCACAUAUACGUUUCCUAGUUUGAUUGGGGGGGGGGGUAUUGAAUGGAUUUUGGGGAAUUGGUAUGGUUCACAACACACGAUAACCGCUACCUACACACAUGUUCUUUACACACAGGUAACCAAAUAUACACAGGGACUGAGCCCCAAGCACAGGUGUUGUUACAGAGAAGAUGGCACAAGGAAGUAGGGUAAGUCUAGGGCAGGGGUAGGCAACCUUUUAGCAGCACUGAGCCGAUAUAGGAUUGUGAUGUCCCGUAGCGUGCCUGUCCUUUUUUUUUUUUUUUUUUUAAUCGAGGGGUGUAUGCUGCCGUAUUCUGCUUGUGUUAUUUUUACUGUAAUUGCUUUGUAUCGUUGUAUUUGUGCGUAUAUGCAGGGCCGUCUUUAAUAGUGACCGGACCCUGGGCAAAGCAUUUGCUUGGGGCCCCCUGGACCCUGUCCCCCCUCCCCCUCAACACAGUGGCGGACCUAAAGUAGAGAGGUGCAAGAAUUUUUGGGGGUCUCCCUGUUGCACGGGUGAUUAAAAGGUAGAUUCCCAUCUGUCGUGCAACUCCACAAAUGCAUUGACAGCUGGGGCUCUACCAUUUACCCAUGUUUGCAGGUCUGUAUUUAGCACUAAGCAGUUUUUGUGAGUUUGAAUGUAAACAGGUUUUUGUAUGGAAUAUGUUUGUAUGUGGUGUUGGCGUGAUUGCAAGCAUGUAUUUGUGUAGUGUUGGUUUUUGAAUGCAGGGGUGUAUUUACAUAUAAUUUUGGUGUGUAACACAGACGUGUUUGUACAUAGUGUUGAAAUUUGAAUGCAGGGGUGUAUUUGUGUGUAGUGUUAGUGUGUGAAUGCUGAGAUGUAUGCACAUAUACACACACACACAGAUAUAUACACACUGAAAUGCGCACACACACACAGAUAUACUGACACACACACAGACAUGCUGACAUACAAACAUACUGACACACACACAGAUAUACUGACACAUAGACAUGCUGACACACACACACACACACACAUAUAUACUGACACACAAAGACAUACUGACACACACAGAUGACACACACACACACAGACAUACUAACAUACACACACACUGACAGACAUACUGACACAGACAUACACUUUAAAACCCACCCUCCAGUUUCCUACCUUUCCUGCUGGUGGCUGAAGGUGUUGGGAGUUGGGGUCUAGCGCUCUCGGCCAGCCCCCCUCCAAUCUGCCUACUCUUCUUUCCCGCGCGCUCCUCUCUUUGUGGGAGGAAGUGAAUUGCGGCCGUCACUUCCUCCCAGCCUGCUGCCGAAAAGCAAGGGGCCAGCUCGCGCUGUUAAAGCGCCUCAGCGUGCGAUUGGGCCCCUGCUGACAGAAGCCCACCCAAAAUAGCGACUUUUUACACGUACUCUUACCGGUAAAAAAAUAAUCCAUCUUUACCCAUGGAGGGCACAGCACAGAAUGAGCUCUGCAGAGUGGGGAAGGCUUAUAAAGCCUUCCCACGCCCUGCAAUUAGGCUCAGAGCGCUCUGAUUGGUUGCUUUCAAAGCAACCAACCACAGUGUUAUGAGUCAAAUUACACAGUAUGGGAAAAUUCCAAAGAACUUUCCCACGCUGUGUAAAAUGACACAGAGCACUCUGAUUGGUUGACUUCAAACCAACCAAUCAGAGUGCUGUGACAGGUAAAUGUAGAGACUUACCUGUCAGUCUCUUCAUUUACCUGUCAGAGCACUCUGAGUGGUUGGCUUAAACCAACCAAUCAGAGCGCUCUGAGCCUAUUUGCAGGGCGGGGCAAGGCUUUAUAUGCCUUUCUCCGCCAUGCCCUCACUGGGUGAAGAUGGAUUAUUUUUUUAACAUCGGGAUUUAUUUCUUUUUCGACAUUUUUUUUAUUUUUUGCGCUCUGGUUUUUUCUUUAUUUUAACAGUUGCAGCGUGUAUUAUGGAUUUUUAUUUGCCCUUUUUUUGGAGAUGAAGAAAGAAAAGAAGAAAGAAGACAUCAAAUGAUAAGUAUGAAAUUUUAUUUUACAGGGUUAGUUUUUUGCCCACCCCCUCUCACUAUAUUAGGGUGAGGGGGGUAUGUAGGGUAUUUUUAUUGGGGGGGAGUGACUAGGGGCUUGGGGACCCCUAGUCACUUUAUUAUUUGUGGUCCCCACCCGACAGUCAUGGGUGGGGACCAGGGGGGACAUUAGGUCCCCCCUUUAAUUUAUUAGGGUCCCCACCUGCCGCUCAUGGGUGGCGACCUGGGGGGGACAUUAGGUUCCCCCAUUAUUUUAGGGUCCCCACCCGCCACUCAUGGGUGGCGACCAGGGGGGGACAUUAGGUUCCCCCAUUAUUUUAGGGUCCCCCCCCACCGCUCAUGGGUGGGGACCUGGGGGGCACAUUAGGUUCCCUUCAUUAUUUAUUUAAUUAUGGUGCCUACCACCAUUCAUGGGUGGGGACCAGGAGGGAAAUUAGGUCCCCCCUUUAAUUUAUUUAGGGUCCCCAUCUGCCGCUCAUGUGUUCUCCACCAUGGGGUGGACCUGUUCCAGGUCCCCCCCUUAUUCCACUAGUGAGUGGCCAGCAAUUUUAAAUGACAGCUGUUUAGGCAACAUGCCCCUACUCGAUACAUGCUGCGUGAAGGGCUCAUGCGGGAGGAUUUAACCUCCCUUUUAUUAAUUUGGGGGUCAUAGGUUUUGGGGGGUAGGAAUAAUUAUUUAUUACAAGGAGGGAGCUGGUUCGCUCAUGUGCAGUGUUAUUGUUUACGUGCUGUGAGAGUUAAUUGAUUCCCCUGCAGCAUGAAGUCUAUUAAACGAAUGAAACGAAAAAGGUAAUGCAUUUGGCAUUUGCCCUUUCAUUUCGUUUUAGUAAACGAAUAUGAAAAAACACAAAUUUUCGGACUAAAUCAUAUUCGUACGAAAAUUAAUGCACAUGUCUACUAUAGUGUUAAAAUUACUAUUUAGGUCCCCUGGCUCCACUUAAAUAUACUAAAAUCUUACCUUAUUUCCUGUGCCAUGCGGGUCCAAUGGUGCCUGUUCCCCCCAGAUCCACCUCAUUGGCUGACAUCAUAAGAAUUCUGAUCAUCUUAGCCAUGGAGGUGGGUCUGGGGCAGAGCCAAACACCAACAGAUGAAUCAAUGCAUCUCUAUGGGGAAUGUUCAGUGUCUCCAUGCAGAGCGGAAGCACCUCUAGUGGCCAUCUAGUAAAAAUAAAGCCAACCAAUCAGAGCACUCAGACAGGCAAGUCUCACUUCUCCUAAAACUUGCCUGGGAAUAUUCCCGAAAAGCAACUGAAUGAUAAUUUCCGAAUGUGCAUUCUGCUUCCAACUAUAAUUGACGUUUGUAAAUAUGAAAAUUGCCCUUACGGUUGGAAUGAGCAUACAAUAUAAUAGUUACACUUAAAAGAAAAAGGGCGGCAUCAGCCCAUAGAAACCUGAAAACCCCUGGAAUUUAUUAAAAUCUGGGAACAAAUCACAGAAAUGAAUGGGAGGUGGCAAACACGAGUACUUGAGGUCAUUGCAUUGUGUUUCAUUCUUCAUCCGGACAGUUCUGUGUUUACAUUGAACAAUUAGUUUAAAGAUGUGCCAGAGGAAACAGCAACACAUUACGGAUCACACGCAGUCAUGAACAUACUUAUAAAUUGUAUUUAUUGCCAGUGAUUUGUGUUUGGUAUAAUCACACAUGAGCAGAGCUGACUGAUAAACAGCUCUGGCAGACUAGUGGAAUGAUUAAACGGAGAGAGAAAGGGAAGACCAAGCCUAGACACAGAUGGAAUGAGGAGCAUGCAAUCGGAAUAAGAAACAAGCUAAUCACUUGGUUGGAUGACACAGCAUUAACAAGUAAAAAGAAAAACAAGAAGCUAAAUGUUACGGCAAACAGAGCAGGAAAUAGUCUUAGUACGAGACAGAACAUGGGAGCAAUCUGUGAAGAGCAAAGUGCCAGGAUGAUAAAGUAAAGCAGCUGCCAUGCUAAGUACACAAGAAUUUUUUUUUUUUACACCCACUCUAAGGAAUUAUAAAGACUACGUUUAACCCCGCCGUUGCCACAAAUAUUGGCAGUGCAAUGCACACAGGAUAUUUGCAUAAUAGCUAUGGUAUAAAUCAAGACUUGGAUGACAGCAAACCUUCCCUACUUGCAUAUGCAUCAUUGCUCUACAAAGGUGAGGCAUUUAAAAGGCUGAUUGGGACCAGCCCCGUUCAUUUACGCCCGCCCCGGUCUAUAAAUAUAGAUCAAUGUACGUGCAAAACAGAGCGUAUCUCUUUAACCUUUUCUGUGCUGGAAAUCUACCCACCAAUGACGGGACUCUAGAUAACGUAGUAAACACCUCCCUUUCUAUCCAGGGUGCAGAUUGGACUUUAUACCUCACAGACACAUACAGAGUGGGACCUGACACACAGACUAUAACCAUGCCGUUAUUUACUCGUACCUUGGGCCUCUUGCGCCGCACAGCAUUUCCUCAGGUCACGAGCAAGGCAGGAAUUGUACACAAACCCGCAAAGGAUGCACUCACAGCAGCCGUAAGUAAAAGUGGGGUCCGUUUAUUUACAGUGGAAAUUUUGACCGUUGCAAAGGGAAAUCUUCCUUUUACUUGCAAAAGUAAAAAAACAAUACAGGGUGGUGGAAUUUAAUAAACACGGUAUCUCAUUUUCUGCUAUCUCUGACAAACUGCUUAUUUUUGGUCUGUAAUUUAUUUUACUAAUUUCUGUCUGCAUAAUGUUUAAGAAUAAUAAUAUAAUAAUAAUCCUUUAAGCAAAAUGGUUUAGGAGAUUUGAACAUUUGUUUUUUAACUGCAAAGUCUACUCUGGCAAGUAAAGUAGGAGAAUCCAAGUCGUUAGUUCCUAAAAGCUUAAAAUUAUGGUUUAAACUUCAAAAGGCUGUGAUCUCGUAACUCUUGAGUUCCCAAUCCCCAGCCAAAUAACAGUUUCCUAGUAGGCCUCUGGUGGUUAAGGACAUGGGGGGUCAUUAACCUGUUUGCCAAGGACACUUAAUAAUUCACUGAAAGGAUUAUGGCGCAGCAAGCAAGGAUCACUUACCAAGUGAAAGCAAACUCUGCUGUCCGUUUGACACAGAAUUUAUCCUUUACAGAUGGAUCCUAUAAUGAAGUGCCACCUGUUGCUGCUCUGUAGACCUUGCUAUGUAAAUAUCUCUGCAAUGCAGCCUUCCGUGCAAAACCCCUGUAUUCCUGCACUGAACGCAUGUUUGAAUACACAUCUAGUCCUGCACCUUCAAUUGAGCUAAAAUGAUGUAAAUAGAUGUCGGUGGUCGCAGAUAGCACAUGGUGCUAAACAUGCAACUGAAAUGCUAGGGAAAAAGCAACGAAAAGAGUUCUAACUGCUUCCCACGCCACCGUACCCAGCUCUUCCAGUAAUAAUAUGUAAGCCACAGAUGGAACUAUUGAAUGCUUUCAAAUCCUCCCCUCCUAUUAUAAUCUUGAGAACACACGCAGUCACACACCCUCCCUGCAUACGCUCUGCCACUAUACACAGCCCCCUGGGAUAUCUCAAUGACAGGGGAAGUAAGCACUACACAUGGCUAAUGACCUUGGGAAGUGUCCUGGUCACCAGAGGCCUGCAGCACCCAACUGAUUACAGUAUUUGUAAAGCCUUUCAAUGGCCUCAAACAAUUUGACUUUAUUACAAAGCAGUUCUUGGAAGAACAAUGAUUAACAUGCCAUAUGCAUUCACAGCAUUGAAAGAAACACAUAUCUAUAACACACAUGAUAAUAAGUACCUAGGACUAAUAAUGUGAAGGCGAACGGACAUGUUUAUUACUUGUGUUACAAAUCAAUUGACCAAAUGUAUAUAUUUCUAUGUAGCUAUCUAAAAAAUACACAGAAGUAGUUUGGAUUCAAAAACAUAAAAGACUACGAGUAGAUCCAUUUAAAAAAAAUAAAACAUUCAAAAAAAACUGCACUCUUAGGGAUUGUGUUCACUAAACACCAAAUUUGCUUUUGUAAAUUUGGCUGAUAUUUAACUCAAUUAUCCUCUAUUCUGUUUUUGAGAUUCCUCUGUAAUUCACUGUAUUCAUUACUAACCAAAUGGCAACAAAAGUGGUCCAAACAGACCCCUGCUGUUUUCAAAUGGAUCUCAAUGCUGUGAGAUUUGUUUUAAAAUUGCUCAACCGAAUUUCCGUGCUCCAAGAAAAAAAGCUGCUGCUAAGGUAAGAGUGGGGUGCGAGAUAGAGAGAUAGAUGUAGGUUUGGGAUAACAUUAUAGGGUUAAGGGAAGCUGAAAGUUGGGAACUGUGAGGUUUUUCAGUGUGAUGGUGCCUACUUAAUAGACUCCUUUAGUCUUUAUGUUUUUAAACUAAACAUAAACAAUUGAGUUAUCUGUUGUUGGAACAGAAACACCAGUUUGUUUGUUUCAAUAAAUAACAGAGAUCAUCAAAAUCAAUGGGUGUCCUAUGUCUGGUAUACGACUGUUUUGAUUAGAGAUACAAAUAAUAUGAAACAGGCUGAAUCAACAAUGUUUCAAGACCUAUAUCAGGGGUAGGCAACCUAUGGCACGUGCGUCUUGCACGGCACUCCAGGCUACAAGAGCCAAACAGGCUCUGGCCUAUCAGGAGUCCCAGUGAAACUUCAGAUAUCUGCCAAUACGAAGAGGUGGUAAUGGACAAUCCUCAAUUUACAUAUUGCAGCACGUAGAGGAAGUGAUCUCAGGUCACUUCCUCCCACACUUGUGAAUGGGAUUCCAUCCACACUGGAGUAGAGCAGCCCACAGCGGCUAUUGCAGCUCCUGCCCUUGACCUGUACCUGGCCAGCCUGGUCCCCACUGGAACCCAGGGAAGCCACCCACACUGAUAGAUAUACAAAGAGCUGCAGAAUAAUCCUUUACUCAUACAAAUAAUACAAACAGCCCACACACAAACAUACACACAACCCCACAAACAAUCCACAUACAAGCAAGAUACUGCUCUCUCCUGGUGCUCCUCCUACCUCUCCCAGCGCUCUUUCAGUGUUUAUUUCUCUGGCUCUGCUUCUUCUCCCCAACUCCUCUCUGUUGGUGUCCCCCAAGGUUCAGUCCUUGGUCCCGUACUGUUCUCCAUCUAUACUGCCUCCCUUGGUAAACUCAUUAGCUCCUUUGGCUUCCAAUAUCAUUUCUAUGCAGAUGACACGUAAAUCUACCUGCCCUCUCCCGAUCUCUCCCCGUCCCUCUUGACUAGUGUCUCUGACUGCCUCUCUGCUAUUUCUAACUGGAUGGCUGCCCACUUCCUUAAACUCAACUUGACCAAAACUGAAAUUCUGGUCCUCCCUCAAGUGUUGUUACUCCUGUGUCUGUCUCCCUCCAAGUCAACGGUGCUACCAUCAGCACCACCACGCAGGCUCGCUGCCUAGGUGUUCUCUUUGACUCCGACCUCUCCUUCACGUUCAAUCUAUCGCCAAAUCCUGUCAUUUCCAUCUCAAAAACAUUGCGCGCAUCUGACCCUACUUAAUGCCAGAUGCGACUAAGGUGUUGGUCCAUUCCACUGUCCUUUCUCGCCUUGACUACUGUAAUCCACUUCUCAGUGGUCUUACGUGCUCCCAACUAGCACCGUUACAGUCCAUAAUGAAUGCGGCGGCGAGGCUCAUCUUCCUGUCCGCCCGCACCUCCCAUGCCUCACCCUUCUGUCAGUCCCUACAUUGGCUUCCUAUAAAAUAUAGAGCUCAAUUUAAAAUUCUGGUUCUUGCUUUCAAAUUUCUACAUAAUGCUGCUCCCACCUAUAUAUCCUCCCUUAUAUACAAGUAUGUCCCGUCUAGGCCCUUACGAUCUGCUGAAGACUUACGUCUAUCUUCUGUCCGUACUCCCACCUCUGAUGCUCGCCUUCAAGAUUUCGCGAGGGCUGCACCGUUCCUGUGGAGCUCGCUUCCCUCCUCCGUUAGAUGCUCACCCAGUCUCCACUCUUACAAAAAAAUCGUUAAAAACCCACUUCUUCAUAAAAGCGUAUCCAUUAAACUGUUAAUAGCUCCUGACUGAUUCCUCUUCUGCAAAUGUCACUAGUCUAAUACUAUCCUUACCUUUUUGUGUCAUUUUACCCCACUCCCUCUAGCAUGUAAGCUCACCGAGCAGGGCCCUCAAUCCCUCUGUUCCUGUGUGUCCAAAUUGUCUGGUUACAACUACAUGUCUGUUCGUCCACCCAUUGUAAAGCACUGCGGAAUUUGACGGCGCUCUAUAAAUAUCAUAAUAAUAAUAACAAUGCACACAACCCCACAUGCAGCCUCUCACAUGCAAUACCCAAAACAGCACCACACAUACACACACUACCAAACACACAAUGUGACAUAUCCAUCUACACACACAAUUCCACAAGCAGCCCCCAUACAUAAGUAUCAUACACGAUACGACAAACUACUCCUGAACAUAUACAAUAUAAUAGCUCAUACACGCACAAAUACAACGAUACAAAGCAACUGCAGUUUAAAUAACACAAGCAGAAUACAGCAACAUACACACCUCAAUUUAAAAAAAAUAGGUCUGGCACGCUACGGGCCAUCACAAUCUUAUUUCGGCACAGUGCUGCCGAAAGGUUUGCCUACCCCCGACCUAUAUUAUUGAACAGAGGUCUGCUUACAUUACGAAUAAUUCAACAUAUAUGUUGCAGUAGCACACACAACCUUUAGAUCUGCAUCACACACAGCCAUAUGCUGUAUAUUAUUAUUAUUAUUAUUAUUAUUUAUAGAGUACCAAUAAAUUCCGCAGCACUUUACAAUUCGUGGACAAAGAUGUAUAUUGAAAGAAUUGCAAAAGGCAAACAUUAUAUACAUCCAUUUGUUUAAAUGCACCUAACCCUAUUUCUUUUUGGCAAACGUACAAUGUAGAUCAGAUGAAAAGUUUGCAAAACCACUUGUAUUAUCAGCUCCACCCAUGUUCAGUAAAUUGCAGAGAUCUCUCAACCAAUACUGAUCAUCAGCUCUGGGUGAGCUUUGUUGGGGAUUAUAUUAUACGUAUAAAAAUUUCAAAGAGACCCACAAGCCAGUUCUCAUUCACUGUAGAAUCGGUGACCUUGUCAUUCUUUCAAUGAAUAACAGCCUGGAAGUAGGUCAUAGCCAGGAGCUGCUGUGCAAAUGGGGCUUUUUUAGGGAGAUCAUCUUCCAAAGCUUUAUAGCAACAAGGCGCAACAAAGACACAAACCUUGUGUCCAUUUCAACACAGAGAGCAAUACCUUCUAAUUAACAAACUAUUUACUAAGGAAUUUGUGGUGUUAGAUUUUAGGAUGAAAUCAAUUUACUGUCCGUUGAAAUGGAUUGUGUUAAGGAAAACCCACAUUUAAUUCCAUACUUGGUCAAAGUGAAUAUUAUCACCAAAAAAAGUGGGUCCGUUGCUUAAUUCAUAAAACGGCCAGCAACUUGUAAUAGUAAUUGGCCUUGUAACAUUGUAGCAAGGCUUUGCAUGAUUGCACUUGUUAACAAACUCUCACUUCAUUGGGGUUAGAUGAAAAGCCAGCAUUACUAUGGCCUCUAUUUUAGAAGCAAAGAGGAAUAAAGGUUGUUUCAAACCAGAGAGUAUUUGGUCUGGUUUGCCAUUAACCAUUUGCAUAUCAGAGUUGAGCAAACAUGAGCAUAACUAAGGCACUCAAAGGGUUAAAAAGCCAGGCUUGGAAUUUAUAAACAGUUUUCACCCGGUGCACAUGUAUAUAUAAACUUACAGGAGUGUUCUGAUAUAAACCAGAGCAGCAGAACACUCACAUUGAAUAUGUUCAAAUCUAAACACAGCACAAAUCCUUCCCCAUAACACAUACUAUAGGACAGGUCACCCCUCCUCCUUAUAACACACAUUCAGUGGGGCAGCUCAGAUUUUUUCAUUCUCCUACCUGCUACCAAUGUUGGGUGGCAUGCUAGUAUAUACAGGUUAAAGGAAGCAUGGAUAGAUUUGGAAUCAAUUUAUUAUGAUUUUUAUUUAUUUGCAAUAAAGUGUAAACAUUAGAUGACUCUUUACAGGAAGUGUUUAGGAAAGCUGUGUAAGUCACAUGCAGGGAGGUGUUACUAGGGCUGUAUAAACAAAGGGAUUUAACUCCUAACUGCCAGAGAAUUUAACAGUGAAACUGCAGGUGUGUGAUCAAUACACUAAAACUGCUUCAUUAAGCUAUAGUUGUUGUGUGACUAUAGUGUCCCUCUAAAUACAGUUCUCCAUUGGCAGUUUGUUAGAAAAACCUGACUUCAGAAGGGCCAAAGUAGAAAAAAACCUUUCUUCCUGUAAAAUCUACUGGGGGUUUUUUCACUAACCAAAUAAUUGUAGAGAAUGACCAGUGCAAUUUUAGGACAAAAUAGCCUAGCCAGAAAACUAGAGUUUCCAGAUCAUCUGUUUUGGAUUAUAAUUUCUUGGCAAUUCUGCAUAAUUCUUUGUUUUGUGAAUACUGGAAGUGUUGUAGUUAGUUGAGAUGAAAUUUAAUCAAAGUGUAACCGUUUAGAUUAGAGGUUUGACAUGUUUGGAACCCCAAUAGCUAGCCUGCUAUUCUAGUUAAAUGAGCAAUGACAAGCUGCUGUACACUUCUUAAUUCCUUCUAUAAAUACCUUAGGGGUUUAAUGCUUGAAAAUGGAUGUGACAAAACAAUUACAGGCAUGUGUCCAACAGGGACUUGGAAACUCCCAUCACAUAAAUUAAAUAUCCAUCGCAUUAGUUCUCCUUUUGUUCUGGAUUCAAAUCAUACUUUUUAUUGAGCACAACUGUAGUAAUGCUAUAUGGCUGACCAUUACACUGUGAAUGUAUACAUUACCACAUUCAUAAUACUGUGUAUCUUCUGGCACAGCCAUUGUACAGCGCUAUGGAAUCUGAUGGUGCUAUAUAAAUAAAAUAAUAAUAAUCAUUAGUUAGCACUGCCAUUCCAUCUCUGGUGCAAUGCUAGACAUUCUGGCUCUGCACACUUAACUGCAUGUGCUCAACCCCUAACCUACCGAGACAUCAUGCCCAGUUCAACGCGUUAGAUGCAUGUAUUUGGGAAACAACAAGCUCAGAGGUCUGACUCCAUCCUCUGAUGCCAUUACCCAAUAUCAGCUCCAGAAGACAAUACGUAGACCUGUCUUUUAGGGUGUAAAAGAACUGACAGACCAAUGCAAACCCAAAAGGUGGCAUCAGGAAUCCUGUUUGAGCAGACUAAAUCCCCAGAAAAUCUGGCUUCUUUUUAUUUCCACAAAAUCUUGAUCAGCCUUCGUCAAAUCAAAUCAUACAUAACUUUCAAAAUGUUACACAGGCCUUUUUAUAAGGCUAAAAACUGUAUUUUUCAGUCAAGACAUUUCCAUUAAUGCUCAUAACAUAAUUCAGGAAAUGUUUCAAAUCGUUCCGCUGAUAGUUGCCCUCCCAGAAUUACUGAAUAUGUCAGUGUAUGUAACAUUAUUUGCACACACGAUCAAUACAUUGUUAUUUCAGGGAACAGAGAGAAUCCUCCCACACAUUUUACAUUUGGUCCACUUUCUUCUUAUUAAUCCAAAGUAUCUGAAGGAGAACAAGGAAAUAACGAUUGUUUCCUAAAAUAAAAUUGUAGUCCUUCUCAAAUUUAUCAGAAAUGAUCUGGAUGAUAAAGACAGCUAUUGGAAGAAUGGCCCAUUGGCAAAUAAGAUGAAAGUGGGAAAUUCAGACACAAAUUUAACUUUUUACAUUUUUCUGUUAACUUGAAUUUGAAAUUACUGUACAUGUGAAUAUCCUAUUCCUCGACUUUACUUUACUUUUUACUUUACUCACGUUCAGUCAUUCUCAGCUUUGUGAAAAUGUGCUAAUAGUUGUCUUGAUCAUCUAAGAGGUCUUUAAUAGACAUGAGACGUGCAACAAUUUUAUGUUUGAGCAGCAGUACUUUCAGCAAUACUUGGCAUCUUUACAUGCAUACCACUCUUCGAUUAUUUGCACGACCACUAGACAAGGUAUCAGAUGCUUGUAGAUCCUUAGUAAUUAUCCCGUGGCUCUUGUGAUGUCCUAGAACAGUGAUGGCGAACAUUGUUUAGCCUGAGUGCCCAACCUGCAAUACAAACCAACUUUUUUUGACAACACGGCAAUUAUACACACUGACACUCACAGAUACACACACUGACACACACAUACUCACAGAUAUACAGACACUCACAGAUACACACACUGACACACACAUACUCCCCUACCCCUCUGUCCCUUAGUGCUCUCUCUGGGUGCCUAGAGCGGUCCUUUAAGGUAAAUUACAUCUGUUUGAAAGUGAAACCAGUUUUUUUCCAUGCAGGCUCUGUCAGUCAUAGCCAGGGGAGGUGUGGCUAGGGCUGCAUAAACAGAAACAAAGUGAUUUAACUCCUAAAUGACAGUGAAUUGAGCAGUGAAACCUAAGAGGCAUGAUGUAUACACUAAAACUGCUUCAUUAAGCUAAAGUUGUUUAGGUGACUAUAGUGUGCCUUUAAUAAGAUUCUCCUUAAAGGAACACUGAUGCUAUAGUGUCCCUUUCCUACAAGCCAUUUUACACGUACCUCUUUCCAGCAACAAGGUCCCUUGGCGAUGGAUCGGUCUCCUCCAUCGGUGACGUCACGGUGAUGGGGGAACCUAUUGCACAUGCGUGGCAAGUGCCGCACGCGCUUAGGGCUUCCCCACAGAAAAACAUUGAAUCAAUUAAGACACUGGACAUCUUCUUGCAAAGCGUAAGGACGUCCAACAUCGUUCAUGGAGAUAAACUCUGUUAGAAUGCAGGGAACACCUCUAGUGACUGUCUAGGGAACAACCACUAUGGAUUGUCUUAACCCUGUAACGUAAACAUUGCAGUUUCUCUGAAACUGCUAGAUUUCAUUUGCAGGAUUAAGUGGACCAAGUGGUCUGGGCAGGGCCGGAUUAACAUAGGGGCUGAUGGAGCUGCAGCUCCAGGCCCAGGCCCAUGGAAUAGGCCCAUUGAUUUUAUUUAAAAAAAUAAUAAAAUAUUUUUUUUUAUUUUUUUUUAACAUUUUUUUUUUCCCACACACUACUCUUAGGGAUUCCGCCUGGCUUUUAUUUUAUUGACACAGCCAGUAUUUGGCUUCCUGGCUGGUGCCAAUAUUACAGUGAUACUGGCAAUACAAAUGCUGGUAUUUUUCUCAGUAAAAAGAGAUUACUAUGCAAUACCAGCACUGGCCAGUAGGGGUCGCUGUGUGUGUGGAGAAAGGCAGGGAUAGGAAGUUACAGCAUAUCCCUCCCUGCCUAUCUAUACUCACUGAUCUGCAGGGGUGUAGCUACAGAGAGUCCAGACAGCAACUCCCACCCUGCAGAGACAGCCCAGGGAAGUAAGGUAUGGGGGAAAGGCUGCAAGGAGACAUGGGGACACUGAGACAUUAAGGGACAUUGGGAGACAUUAUGACACACAGUGUCCACAUGUCUCUCAGUGCCCCCAGUCUGCCAGUGCCUCACUGUCCCCAUGUCUCCUAGUGCCUCAAGUGUCUCAAUGUCCCCAUGUCUCCAAGCUAGUGUCCCUAGUGUCUGUGGCCCUGGUGUCUCCUUGUCCCCAUGUCUCCCAGUGCCCCCAUGUCUCAAUGUCCCCAUGUCCCCCAGCCAGUGUCUCUAGUGUCUGUGUCCCUGGUGUCUGUGUCCCCAUGUCUUCAAGUGUCCCCUAUUUUCCCAGUGUCCCCAUGCGUCCCAGCCAGAGCCCCCUAGUCUCCCAGUGUCACUGGUGUCUCCGUGUCCCUAGGUCUCCCCGUGUCCCCAGGUCAUCCCGUAUUCCUUGUGACAUGGGGACCCUGGGAUACAUGGGGACACAGGGAGACAUGGGGCAUUGAGACACUGUGAUACAUAGGAUCACUGGGAGACCUGGGGACACGACACUAGGGUACACUGGGAGACAUGGGGCACUGAGACACUGAUGCAUAGGAACACUGAGACCUGGAGUAAUCGACAAAUGGAGGCACUGGGAGACAUGGGGCCACUGAGAGGAAUGCAUCUAUAUUUUCUCUUAUGUCACUCCUUGUGAUUUACAUCAUGUGAUGUCACCCAUACAUAUUUAAUUAUGCAAAUUAGCAAGGCCAGUAUGUUUUUCCAAAAAAGGUGGCAACCCUAACUACUUUUCACAUACUCUUACUUAAGUAUGGAAACUUAAGAGGGAUGUAUGGGAACAAAACUUGUGUGGACUGGCUGGCAAUGAAUAUAGUUAAAUGGACACUAGAGUCACCAGAACAACUACAGCUUAUUGAAUUUGUUCUGGUGAGUAGAAUCAUUACCGUCAGGCUUUUUGCUGUAAACACUGUCUUUUCUGAGAAAAUGCAGUGUUUACAUUACAGCCUAGUGAUAACUUCACUGGCCACUCCUUAGAUGGCUGUUAGAGAUCCUUCCUGGGUCAUGGCUGCCUAAAAUGCAUCCAAACAUUCAGUAUCUCCUCCCUCUGCAUGCAGACACUGAACUUUCCUCAUAGAGAUUCAUUGAUUCAAUUUAUCUCUAUGAGGAGAUGCUGAUUGGCCAGGGCUGUGUUUGAAUCAUGCUGGCUCUGCCCCGAUCUACCUCCUUGUCAGUCUCAGCCAAUCCUAUGGGGAAGCACUGUGAUUGGAUUAGGCCAGCACCUCUAAUGAUGUCAGCAGACUGCUUGUUUUUCUGAGUCUAACAGCAUGCAGAGUUACAGCUUCAGGCUUGAAUACAGUAAAAUUUUGCUAUAUUUAUGGAGGCAUGAGGGGCCCAGGGGGGGCUAGAUGGUGGUGUUAACACUAUAGGGACAUGAAUUCAUGUUUGUGUUCCUGACAUACUUGCUUUCCUGGCACUUUAGUGCCCUGAGGGUGCCCCCACCCCCAGGGACCCCCUCCCGCCGGGCUCUGGGGAGAGGAAAGGGGUUAAACUUACCUUUUUUCCAGCGCCGGGCGGGGAGCUCUCCUCCUCCUCUCCGCCUCCCAUCCUCUUCUUCGGCAGGAGCUGCGCGCACAUUCAGCCUGUCUCAUAGGAAAGCAUUUAUAAUGUUUUCCUAUGGACGCUGACGUCUUCUCACUGUGAUUUUCACAGUGAGAAGCACGCAAACGCCUCUAGCGGCUGUCAAUGAGACAGCCACUAGAGGCUUUAGAUGCUGGAUUAAACCAUUUAUAAACAUAGCAGUUUCUCUGAAACUGCUAGGUUUAUAAAAAAAAGGGUUAAUCCUAGAGGGACCUGGCACCCAGACCACUUCAUUAAGCUGAAGUGGUCUGGGUGUCUAGAGUGGUCCUUUAAGGUAAUGCUGACUUUGUUCUCUCUAACCCUGUGGCAUGUUCCCUUUCUUCUACACUCACUACAUACAGCUUUUCUCUGUCCCAAACUAUAUACCAGGAGCUUCUGCCUGCUAGUAAGAAGGUAAGGGGACAAGUGGACCAGCGAGUGCUAGGGGACAGUCCUUAGAAAGCGUUGAGCGAGCGCAUCAUUAGAUGCAUUUAUGCCAAGCUCAGGGUGCUGUCUGCAUAGUAUGCCCUUAGUUGGCCAGCUGCAUGAUUGGCAGGCAGCCUGACAUGCAUUCAUACCAGGCUGGCCUUCUAAUUCUUUGGGCAGACAUAUCCUCUUUUGGGGCAUGUUCUCCCCUUUUGGCAGGUUCCGUGAUUUGUGUCAGUGGCACACACUUUUACAGUGCCCAUUGACUUCCUGCUUGACUGGACACUGCUGUUAAGGGUUAUGGAUUUACUUGAAAGAUGAAAACAUAAAUUAGUGAGAGAUUAGCCUAGGGUAUAUGUUUUCUUUUAUCUGCUGUUUUCUUUCUCUCCAGCACCAUCUCCAUCAGAUACAUGACUCUUGGGAGUGUUUUACUGUUUUUGGUCGAUAUGAUUCUGUAAUUAGGCCCGUCAUAAUUGUCAGCACCAGGCCCACUGGGCUCUUAAUCUGGCCCUGGGUCUGGGUGCCUAUAGUGUCCCUUUAACAUGUAUUGUGCCCAAAAUAAAGAGCACACAAAUGUGCAAUAAGCACUGUGACUAGGUUCACUGAAUGACACAGUAAACGUUCUGGCAAAAUUUCUAUGUGAAACACUGUUCAGAAGUAAAAUUCCGUAAAGGUAUUUGUAACAGAACUAUGCUGUAUGCCUGGGCCAGUGAACUAACCAAAAUCAGCAGGAAUUCGUCACAUUUAGUGCAUUGCAACCAUUCGAAUGGAUUCGCAUGAAUUCCCUGUGUAAAGUAUAGGUGGCCGCCAUUUCGGGACUUUACACGUGGCCGCGGCCAUCUUACGUGCGAACAGCGGUGUUUGCCUGUCGACGCGUGGAACUAAAAUCGGAUACGCAAACAGGCGAACACCGCUGAGUCCUCCAUACUUCCAGAAGUUCGCACGGAAACUACCGAAUCACCGGACGUUCGGUAGUUAUGUUCAAUCAUCUAUGGGGAUUGCGGCGAACCCCGAGAUUCGAAUGGAUGGCAAGAAUUUCAUACCUUUUUACCAGGCGAACGGAGACCGACCGCAAGGCCAAAACUCAUGGAACUAUUUUCGGCUAGUUGGUCUGUGCGGUCGGUCAAAACUUUGGAACUCUGUAUCUCCCGAACCAUUCAUCCGAAUGGGCUGAUUUUUGGACAUGUUGGUCCCCUGAAUGAGAGCUAUCAAGCGACCCAGGAUUUAAAGCUGUACCCCCUGUUUUUGGGGAACAUCCAGAACUGGGGUAAAAUGUUGUACGUUUUAAUUAUGUUAUAUGUUAUCUGAGGGGAGGAGACGUGGGGGUGUUACCAGGUAUAUGAUUGGGUGUUUUUAUCCUCCCCUGGGAGUAUCCUGUGUGUACCUGAUCCCAAUAAAAAGCAGGCUGGGUGUUCCAGUCCUCAGAUCUUCUUGACCCUUCAAAACGUAGCCUUGUCUCGUUCUUGGAAGGGGAUUAUUUGGGAAUGUUAUUCUGCUCCUGUUACAGCUGAACCUGACUCUUACUCUGGAUAUCGUGGAUGGGAUUAUACCAGCUUACUUCUCCACAGCAGCUUAAAGGGGAAAAAGGACGUCUCCAACGGCAGAUACCCUCACUCUACCCGGGUAGCCGUUACAUUGGUGGCAGCAGUGGGAUGGUCCUUUUAUCCAGAGAACAAGUGCUGAAUGGAGGCUCAGUACGCCAAGCUGAAAAGACCCACAUUAAAGGAUUUAUUGGAGAGUCGUGGUAGGAGUGCCAGCAACAGACCACGGAGGGAGCUGAUAGCUGACCUACUAGAACUGUACGAAAUGGAUAGGUCCAUGGAGGUAACAGAACCUCUUGCACCUGUCAGCGAGGACGAUGAAAUUUCUGCCAUUGUACAGCGGAGAUUAGCUUGGUAUCCAGAAAGAUCCACAGAGCUAAUAAACCAGCUGCUCCGGGAAACAAGGGAGGAGAUACAAACUAAGAGGGGACAAGAAGCGGAACUGGUAAGAGCUAGACAGCCCAUUACACAGGCAGUUCCUACCCCCCACCCGCUGCUACAGGGAGGAAAAUACCGUUCACUGCAUUUAAAGCGUUUGUAGAGAAUGAAGAAGAAAUUGACGGAUAUUUAGCGGACUUUGAGAGACAAUGCUAGCUACACCAAGUACCACCAGACCAAUGGGUUACUAUUCUGGCUGGAAAGCUCUCAGGAAAAGCAAAUGAGGCUUUUCGGGCACUUACUACGGAAGAUAUAACGCAGUAUCAACGGGUGAAAGCUGCACUACUCACCCGAUAUGCGGUCACCCCAGAAGCAUAUCGCCAGUCGCUUCCGGGAGUCCAAAAAGAAGGCAGUGGACUCCCACAUGGAAUGGGCAAACAAGAUACAACGGGUGGCAACACACUGGGUGCGAGGGUGCAAUGCUAACACCGGAGAAGAAAUAUUACAGUUGUUCUUGAUGGAACAUUUCUUUCAAGAUCUGGCUGCAGAUAUACAGGACUGGGUAAGAGAUCGGCGGCCUGCCAAUUUAACUGAGGCAGCGCGACUAGCAGAUGAGUAUGCAGAGACAAGGAAGGUGAGCCAAAGUAACACACGACCAGCCCCUAGAGCAGAGGCCCGCACUACAACCUACCCUGCACGCACAGAAUUUCGGGCCCCAGUACCCCCAGGGCCUCCACGUCCCCAGGGGCAUAACAACCAUCCCCGGGAAUCUUACAAAGUAACGUGCCAUCGCUGCGGCAACACAUCUCAUAUUGCCCGGUAUUGCCCGUUGGGAUCAGUAAAUAAUAACUGGAGGCGCCCACCUAACACCGAGAGCACACCGCCACGUCCAGCGGCUGCUCACUGCCUAGAAAUUGAAGGAAGCCCUGAAGAGUGCCUGGGAAUAUUAUAUGAGGCCAACCCCAUACAAGCAGCUUCCCCAGAUAAUCGUCAGCAUCACCGUCAGGAGGUGCGUGUGAACGGACAGAUAGCACAAGGCCUAAGAGACACUGGCGCUACCAUUACCCUAAUACAGAAACACCUUGUAAAACCAGAACAUGUGUCAAAUCGUACCGUGGCUGUUCGUGUCGCAGGGGGAGCUGUUUUUCGCUUACCCACCGCCAGGAUACACUUAGAUUGGGGAGCCGGGUCAGGAAAGACCACAGUGGGCAUCAUGGACAAUCUACCCGCCGAGGUCGUAUUGGGCAACGAUAUUGGCCCUCUAGCUUCAGCAUUUUUACCCACUAUUGCUGGUGCUUGCCCCGUGACCACCCGCUCACAGACCCGUAUCGAGGACGAUCCUACAACAGGUCGGGAGACCCAGGUAAGCCACAAGCAGACACCCCACACUAACAUGACAGAGAGACCCAUAGCUUGGGACACCCCAGAAGAAUUUGGGAGGGAAACUAGGCAGGACCCCACCCUCCAAAAGUACAGGGAACUAGCUGACAGUAGGGGGGACGAGCGAGAACGUUUUGUAUGGGAGGGGGACAGGCUAUACAGAUUGACCGAAGGCAGGAAGAGAGGCUGUGCCCCCUCGCAGAAGCGCCAAUUAGUGGUACCCAGAAAGUACCGGUGGGAGCUUCUCCGAAUUGGCCACGACAUUCCGUUGGCAGGGCAUCUAGGGGGUAACCGCACAACCUUCCGGAUCACCCAGACCUUCUUUUGGCCAGGGAUCUCGAAAGAUGUGCGCCGCUACUGCAGCACUUGUGAUGUAUGCCAGAGGGUGGGAAAGAGAGGGGAUCACCCCAAAGCCCGACUGUUACCCAUGCCAGUGAUCGAGGAACCAUUUAGCAGGGUGGCAGUCGACCUAGUGGGACCCCUACCUAACCCCAGUCCCUCUGGUAAGAAAUAUAUUCUUACUGUAGUAGACUAUGCUACCCGCUACCCAGAAGCCGUCGCUCUGACGAAUAUCCAGGCUGACACUGUCGCCAGUGCUCUAGUUGGGAUCUUCACCAGAGUAGGAUUUCCCCGGGAAAUCCUGUCGGAUCGAGGGACCCAGUUCACCGCAGACCUAACUCAGCAGUUAUGGAAGGCCUGCGGUGUCCAAUCCCUCCUUAGUUCCCCGUACCACCCUCAAACUAACGGUCUCUGUGAACGCUUUAAUGGUACCCUAAAGCAACUACUGCGUACCUUUACAGCGGAAUACAGGGACUGGGAGCGAUUCUUGCCACACCUCUUGUUUGCAUAUCGAGAGGUGCCGCAAGAAUCCACAGGGUUCUCCCCAUUCGAAUUGCUCUACGGACGGCGGGUACGAGGCCCCCUCGACCUGAUCCGAGAGCACUGGGAGGGAGAGACAGAACAUGAGGGGGUCCCCAUCGUACCAUAUGUACUGGAGAUGCGGGACCGCAUGGGGCACCUAGCCAGGAUGGCCCGAGAGCAUCUCCAGGCGGCCCAAGGCCGACAGAAACAUUGGUACGAUCGGGGCGCGAGAUUGAGAACCUUCCAGGUGGGACAGAAAGUCCUAGUACUUAGACCCGUUAAAGGGAACAAAUUACAAACCUCCUGGCAAGGCCCUUACAAGGUGGUCGCACAGAUCUGUGACACCACCUAUGUAAUUGCCAGUAGCAAGGACGAGAGGAUACAGAAGUCCUUCCAUAUAAACUUACUGAAAGAGUACCAGGAAAGGCCCGAAGACAUAGCAGCCAUAUGUAUCCCGGCCACUGAGGACCCGGACAGUCUCCCCAUCCCGGAUCUACUAGCUAACCCCGAGUCUAAAACCUUGCUGAACACUGUACAGCUAGGGGAGCGACUAACGCCCACCGAAAGAGAGCAACUCCAGCAGAUGCUAGCUGCAAAAAGAUUGACGUUUUCCCAGGAACCCGGUUACACACCCUUAGCGACACAUUACGUAGAGACCCCAGGACAAAACCCUCUCCGACAGACUCCCUAUAGAAUUCCCGAAGCCGUGAAAGAGGAGAUGAGAAAGGAGAUUCAGGAAAUGUUAAAGCUAGGAGUUAUAGAACCCUCCGACAGCCCCUGGGCAUCCCCAGUCGUCCUAGUCCCCAAAAAGGACGGAACGACCCGAUUUUGUGUCGACUACCGACGCCUUAACGACAGAACUGUGACAGACGCAUACCCCAUGCCCCGAGUAGACGAACUAUUAGAUCGUAUUGCUAGGGGACGCUAUCUGACCACCAUCGAUUUGUGCAAAGGGUACUGGCAGAUCCCCCUGGCCAAGGACGCUAUCCCUAAGUCGGCGUUUGUCACCCCGUUUGGCUUGUACCAGUUCAAGGUCAUGCCUUUCGGGAUGAAAAAUGCCCCAGCUACCUUUCAGCGCUUAGUGGACCGCCUCCUUGAUGGCUUCCAGGAAUUCGCUUGCGCGUACCUGGAUGACAUUGCGAUCUAUAGUGAGACGUGGGAAGAACACCUACGACACGUAGAGGCUGUGCUGGAUCAGAUUAGGGCCGCCGGCCUAACCCUGAAACCAGAGAAAUGUAACUUUGGUAUGGCUGAAGUUCAGUACUUGGGACACAGAGUGGGGUGUGGGAAACAACGACCAGAACCCGCCAAGGUAGAGGCCGUAGCGAAUUGGCCCACCCCCACACUAAGACCCAGGUAUUAGCCUUCUUGGGAACGGCAGGGUACUACAGAAAAUUUGUCCCUGACUACAGCGCCAUCGCCAAACCUCUGACCGAUUUAACGAAGAAAAAUUUACCUAGAGUAGUCCUGUGGUCUCCCGCCUGUGAAGCAGCAUUCCAAACCCUGAAACAAGCUCUGAUCAACGCACCUGUUUUGUCUGCCCCCGUCCCUAAUAAAAGAUUUGUCGUCCACACAGAUGCGUCCAUGUACGGACUGGGGGCAGUGCUAAGCCAGGUCGGAGAAGAUGGGGGAGAACACCCUGUCGCAUACCUGAGUAGAAAGCUAUUGCCCAGGGAAGUGAGUUAUGCGGCAGUGGAAAAAGAAUGUCUAGCCCUGGUCUGGGCCCUAAAGAAGCUCACCCCCUACCUUUAUGGUCAGGAAUUUACCCUGAUCACAGACCAUAACCCUCUAGUAUGGCUGAACCGAGUGGCUGGGGACAAUGGACGACUACUGAGGUGGAGCCUAGCCCUACAACCGUAUAAUUUCUCCAUCCAGUAUCGCCCAGGCCGGUUCAACGGGAAUGCAGACGGACUGUCCAGGCAAACAGAACUUUUACCUUAGAGGCAGACCGGACAGCCCCAAGUUGACCCGAAAAAGGUCAAUCCGGGUCUGCCGGAGUGUUCCACAAAAGGGGAGCAGUGUAACAGAACUAUGCUGUAUGCCUGGGCCAGUGAACUAACCAAAAUCAGCAGGAAUUCGUCACAUUUAGUGCAUUUCAACCAUUCGAAUGGAUUCGCAUGAAUUCCCUGUGUAAAGUAUAGGUGGCCGCCAUUUCGGGACUUUACACGUGGCCGCGGCCAUCUUACGUGCGAACAGCGGUGUUUGCCUGUCGACGCGUGGAACUAAAAUCGGAUACGCAAACAGGCGAACACCGCUGAGUCCUCCAUACUUCCAGAAGUUCGCACGGAAACUACCGAAUCACCGGACGUUCGGUAGUUAUGUUCAAUCAUCUAUGGGGGUUGUGGCGAACCCCGAGAUUCAAAUGGAUGGCAAGAAUUUCAUACCUUUUUACCAGGCGAACGGAGACCGACCGCAAGGCCAAAACUCAUGGAACUAUUUUCGGCUAGUUGGUCUGUGCGGUCGGUCAAAACUUUGGAACUCUGUAUCUCCCGAACCAUUCAUCCGAAUGGGCUGAUUUUUGGACAUGUUGGUCCCCUGAAUGAGAGCUAUCAAGCGACCCAGGAUUUAAAGCUGUACCCCCUGUUUUUGGGGAACAUCCAGAACUGGGGUAAAAUGUUGUACGUUUUAAUUAUGUUAUAUGUUAUCUGAGGGGAGGAGACGUGGGGGUGUUACCAGGUAUAUGAUUGGGUGUUUUUAUCCUCCCCCUGGGAGUAUCCUGUGUGUACCUGAUCCCAAUAAAAGCAGGCUGGGUGUUCCAGUCCUCAGAUCUUCUUGACCCUUCAAAACGUAGCCUUGUCUCGUUCUUGGAAGGGGAUUAUUUGGGAAUGUUAUUCUGCUCCUGUUACAGCUGAACCUGACUCUUACUCUGGAUAUCGUGGAUGGGAUUAUACCAGCUUACUUCUCCACAGCAGCUUAAAGGGGAAAAAGGACGUCUCCAACGGCAGAUACCCUCACUCUACCCGGGUAGCCGUUACAUUGGUUGGCAGCGGUGGGAUGGUCCUUUUAUCCAGAGAACAAGUGCUGAAUGGAGGCUCAGUACGCCAAGCUGAAAAGACCCACAUUAAAGGAUUUAUUGGAGAGUCGUGGUAGGAGUGCCAGCAACAGACCACGGAGGGAGCUGAUAGCUGACCUACUAGAACUGUACGAAAUGGAUAGGUCCAUGGAGGUAACAGAACCUCUUGCACCUGUCAGCGAGGACGAUGAAAUUUCUGCCAUUGUACAGCGGAGAUUAGCUUGGUAUCCAGAAAGAUCCACAGAGCUAAUAAACCAGCUGCUCCGGGAAACAAGGGAGGAGAUACAAACUAAGAGGGGACAAGAAGCGGAACUGGUAAGAGCUAGACAGCCCAUUACACAGGCAGUUCCUACCCCCCCACCCGCUGCUACAGGGAGGAAAAUACCGUUCACUGCAUUUAAAGCGUUUGUAGAGAAUGAAGAAGAAAUUGACGGAUAUUUAGCGGACUUUGAGAGACAAUGCUCGCUACACCAAGUACCACCAGACCAAUGGGUUACUAUUCUGGCUGGAAAGCUCUCAGGAAAAGCAAAUGAGGCUUUUCGGGCACUUACUACGGAAGAUAUAACGCAGUAUCAACGGGUGAAAGCUGCACUACUCACCCGAUAUGCGGUCACCCCAGAAGCAUAUCGCCGUCGCUUCCGGGAGUCCAAAAAGAAGGCAGUGGACUCCCACAUGGAAUGGGCAAACAAGAUACAACGGGUGGCAACACACUGGGUGCGAGGGUGCAAUGCUAACACCGGAGAAGAAAUAUUACAGUUGUUCUUGAUGGAACAUUUCUUUCAAGAUCUGGCUGCAGAUAUACAGGACUGGGUAAGAGAUCGGCGCCCUGCCAAUUUAACUGAGGCAGCGCGACUAGCAGAUGAGUAUGCAGAGACAAGGAAGGUGAGCCAAAGUAACACACGACCAGCCCCUAGAGCAGAGGCCCGCACUACAACCUACCCUGCACGCACAGAAUUUCGGGCCCCAGUACCCCCAGGGCCUCCACGUCCCCAGGGGCAUAACAACCAUCCCCGGGAAUCUUACAAAGUAACGUGCCAUCGCUGCGGCAACACAGGACAUAUUGCCCGGUAUUGCCCGUUGGGAUCAGCCAAUAAUAACUGGAGGCGCCCACCUAACACCGAGAGCACACCGCCACGUCCAGCGGCUGCUCACUGCCUAGAAAUUGAAGGAAGCCCUGAAGAGUGCCUGGGAAUAUUAUAUGAGGCCAACCCCAUACAAGCAGCUUCCCCAGAUAAUCGUCAGCAUCACCGUCAGGAGGUGCGUGUGAACGGACAGAUAGCACAAGGCCUAAGAGACACUGGCGCUACCAUUACCCUAAUACAGAAACACCUUGUAAAACCAGAACAUGUGUCAAAUCGUACCGUGGCUGUUCGUGUCGCAGGGGGAGCUGUUUUUCGCUUACCCACCGCCAGGAUACACUUAGAUUGGGGAGCCGGGUCAGGAAAGACCACAGUGGGCAUCAUGGACAAUCUACCCGCCGAGGUCGUAUUGGGCAACGAUAUUGGCCCUCUAGCUUCAGCAUUUUUACCCACUAUUGCUGGUGCUUGCCCCGUGACCACCCGCUCACAGACCCGUAUCGAGGACGAUCCUACAACAGGUCGGGAGACCCAGGUAAGCCACAAGCAGACACCCCACACUAACAUGACAGAGAGACCCAUAGCUUGGGACACCCCAGAAGAAUUUGGGAGGGAAACUAGGCAGGACCCCACCCUCCAAAAGUACAGGGAACUAGCUGACAGUAGGGGGGACGAGCGAGAACGUUUUGUAUGGGAGGGGGACAGGCUAUACAGAUUGACCGAAGGCAGGAAGAGAGGCUGUGCCCCCUCGCAGAAGCGCCAAUUAGUGGUACCCAGAAAGUACCGGUGGGAGCUUCUCCGAAUUGGCCACGACAUUCCGUUGGCAGGGCAUCUAGGGGGUAACCGCACAACCUUCCGGAUCACCCAGACCUUCUUUUGGCCAGGGAUCUCGAAAGAUGUGCGCCGCUACUGCAGCACUUGUGAUGUAUGCCAGAGGGUGGGAAAGAGAGGGGAUCACCCCAAAGCCCGACUGUUACCCAUGCCAGUGAUCGAGGAACCAUUUAGCAGGGUGGCAGUCGACCUAGUGGGACCCCUACCUAACCCCAGUCCCUCUGGUAAGAAAUAUAUUCUUACUGUAGUAGACUAUGCUACCCGCUACCCAGAAGCCGUCGCUCUGACGAAUAUCCAGGCUGACACUGUCGCCAGUGCUCUAGUUGGGAUCUUCACCAGAGUAGGAUUUCCCCGGGAAAUCCUGUCGGAUCGAGGGACCCAGUUCACCGCAGACCUAACUCAGCAUUUAUGGAAGGCCUGCGGUGUCCAAUCCCUCCUUAGUUCCCCGUACCACCCUCAAACUAACGGUCUCUGUGAACGCUUUAAUGGUACCCUAAAUCAACUACUGCGUACCUUUACAGCGGAAUACCGGGACUGGGAGCGAUUCUUGCCACACCUCUUGUUCGCAUAUCGAGAGGUGCCGCAAGAAUCCACAGGGUUCUCCCCAUUCGAAUUGCUCUACGGACGGCGGGUACGAGGCCCCCUCGACCUGAUCCGAGAUCACUGGGAGGGAGAGACAGAACAUGAGGGGGUCCCCAUCGUACCAUAUGUACUGGAGAUGCGGGACCGCAUGGGGCACCUAACCAGGAUGGCCCGAGAGCAUCUCCAGGCGGCCCAAGGCCGACAGAAACAUUGGUACGAUCGGGGCACGAGAUUGAGAACCUUCCAGGUGGGACAGAAAGUCCUAGUACUUAGACCCGUUAAAGGGAACAAAUUACAAACCUCCUGGCAAGGCCCUUACAAGGUGGUCGCACAGAUCUGUGACACCACCUAUGUAAUUGCCAGUAGCAAGGACGAGAGGAUACAGAAGUCCUUCCAUAUAAACUUACUGAAAGAGUACCAGGAAAGGCCCGAAGACAUAGCAGCCAUAUGUAUCCCAGCCACUGAGGACCCGGACAGUCUCCCCAUCCCGGAUCUACUAGCUAACCCCGAGUCUAAAACUUUGCUGAACACUGUACAGCUAGGGGAGCGACUAACGCCCACCGAAAGAGAGCAACUCCAGCAGAUGCUAGCUGCAAAAAGAUUGACGUUUUCCCAGGAACCCGGUUACACACCCUUAGCGACACAUUACGUAGAGACCCCAGGACAAAACCCUCUCCGACAGACUCCCUAUAGAAUUCCCGAAGCCGUGAAAGAGGAGAUGAGAAAGGAGAUUCAGGAAAUGUUAAAGCUAGGAGUUAUAGAACCCUCCGACAGCCCCUGGGCAUCCCCAGUCGUCCUAGUCCCCAAAAAGGACGGAACGACCCGAUUUUGUGUCGACUACCGACGCCUUAACGACAGAACUGUGACAGACGCAUACCCCAUGCCCCGAGUAGACGAACUAUUAGAUCGUAUUGCUAGGGGACGCUAUCUGACCACCAUCGAUUUGUGCAAAGGGUACUGGCAGAUCCCCCUGGCCAAGGACGCUAUCCCUAAGUCGGCGUUUGUCACCCCGUUUGGCUUGUACCAGUUCAAGGUCAUGCCUUUCGGGAUGAAAAAUGCCCCAGCUACCUUUCAGCGCUUAGUGGACCGCCUCCUUGAUGGCUUCCAGGAAUUCGCUUGCGCGUACCUGGAUGACAUUGCGAUCUAUAGUGAGACGUGGGAAGAACACCUACGACACGUAGAGGCUGUGCUGGAUCAGAUUAGGGCCGCCGGCCUAACCCUGAAACCAGAGAAAUGUAACUUUGGUAUGGCUGAAGUUCAGUACUUGGGACACAGAGUGGGGUGUGGGAAACAACGACCAGAACCCGCCAAGGUAGAGGCCGUAGCGAAUUGGCCCAUUCCCCACACUAAGACCCAGGUAUUAGCCUUCUUGGGAACGGCAGGGUACUACAGAAAAUUUGUCCCUGACUACAGCGCCAUCGCCAAACCUCUGACCGAUUUAACGAAGAAAAAUUUACCUAGAGUAGUCCUGUGGUCUCCCGCCUGUGAAGCAGCAUUCCAAACCCUGAAACAAGCUCUGAUCAACGCACCUGUUUUGUCUGCCCCCGUCCCUAAUAAAAGAUUUGUCGUCCACACAGAUGCGUCCAUGUACGGACUGGGGGCAGUGCUAAGCCAGGUCGGAGAAGAUGGGGGAGAACACCCUGUCGCAUACCUGAGUAGAAAGCUAUUGCCCAGGGAAGUGAGUUAUGCGGCAGUGGAAAAAGAAUGUCUAGCCCUGGUCUGGGCCCUAAAGAAGCUCACCCCCUACCUUUAUGGUCAGGAAUUUACCCUGAUCACAGACCAUAACCCUCUAGUGUGGCUGAACCGAGUGGCUGGGGACAAUGGACGACUACUGAGGUGGAGCCUAGCCCUACAACCGUAUAAUUUCUCCAUCCAGUAUCGCCCAGGCCGGUUCAAUGGGAAUGCAGACGGACUGUCCAGGCAAACAGAACUUUUACCUUAGAGGCAGACCGGACAGCCCCAAGUUGACCCGAAAAAGGUCAAUCCGGGUCUGCCGGAGUGUUCCACAAAAGGGGAGCAGUGUAACAGAACUAUGCUGUAUGCCUGGGCCAGUGAACUAACCAAAAUCAGCAGGAAUUCGUCACAUUUAGUGCAUUGCAACCAUUCGAAUGGAUUCGCAUGAAUUCCCUGUGUAAAGUAUAGGUGGCCGCCAUUUCGGGACUUUACACGUAGCCGCGGCCAUCUUACGUGCGAACAGCGGUGUUUGCCUGUCGACGCGUGGAACUAAAAUCGGAUACGCAAAUAGGCGAACACCGCUGAGUCCUCCAUACUUCCAGAAGUUCGCACGGAAACUACCGAAUCACCGGACGUUCGGUAGUUAUGUUCAAUCAUCUAUGGGGAUUGCGGCGAACCCCGAGAUUCGAAUGGAUGGCAAGAAUUUCAUACCUUUUAACCAGGCGAACGGAGACCGACCGCAAGGCCAAAACUCAUGGAACUAUUUUCGGCUAGUUGGUCUGUGCGGUCGGUCAAAACUUUGGAACUCUGUAUCUCCCGAACCAUUCAUCCGAAUGGGCUGAUUUUUGGACAUGUUGGUCCCCUGAAUGAGAGCUAUCAAGCGACCCCGGAUUUAAAGCUGUACCCCCUGUUUUUGGGGAACAUCCAGAACUGGGGUAAAAUGUUGUACGUUUUAAUUAUGUUAUAUGUUAUCUGAGGGGAGGAGACGUGGGGGUGUUACCAGGUAUAUGAUUGGGUGUUUUUAUCCUCCCCCUGGGAGUAUCCUGUGUGUACCUGAUCCCAAUAAAAAGCAGGCUGGGUGUUCCAGUCCUCAGAUCUUCUUGACCCUUCAAAACGUAGCCUUGUCUCGUUCUUGGAAGGGGAUUAUUUGGGAAUGUUAUUCUGCUCCUGUUACAGCUGAACCUGACUCUUACUCUGGAUAUCGUGGAUGGGAUUAUACCAGCUUACUUCUCCACAGCAGCUUAAAGGGGAAAAAGGACGUCUCCAACGGCAGAUACCCUCACUCUACCCGGGUAGCCGUUACAGUAUUCAUGAUCUGAUUUGCAGCACUUAAUAAAAAUAAAAAGAUGGAGGAGAGAUUAUGAAUCAAUAAGAGGCAUAUAAUAUCCAUUAGCCAUUGAAAUUUGGUUGCAUUGUUAACUCGAUUUGUAGAUUUAAUUUUAUUACACAUUUUCUUUAAGUGUGUGUCUACAUUUAACUGGAUUCUAUAAAACAUUGCUGAUAUAAAUUUCCUUUAAACGAAUAUCUCUAAGUGAAAGCAGGCAGGCAGUCUUGUAUCAGAAAACCAGGACAUAAAACAACAGUUUAAAGAUGUCAACAGCAGGACAUUGUAGCAUUUCCUGAUUGCACAAUAAAAUAAGUAUUCUGUUUGUAUAUUGCGCAAGCUCCCUUAUGAACACUAAAUCUGGGGAUUACAGAAGUGUAUUAAUAUAUUUAAAAAACAAACAAACCGUACAAUUGGCCAUUUUACUCCUAGAAAAAGGUGUACUUUGGAUGUAUAAAGAGAUAAUUAUUCAUAAUCCUGUGAUUUUUAUUGAUUUGUUAUAUAACAGUCAAGAUAUAUAAGAUGCAUACAUUAAUGUCUUUGGUACUGUAUGAGAAUACAGAAUAUUUAUUAAUCAUGAAAUGAUGGGGAAUUGCAAAUAUUGGACCAAAUAAUCCAAAAUGGAAACAUGCUCCGAGAGCGCAGUGUUUCCAGCUCAAAUAUUUACUGUAAUUCCUUGAUGGAUUUCUGACAAUUAGUGGUUUAGUGGGUAACAUGAAUUAGGAUUGCUCAUGUUUUUAAGUUCAGGUUGUCUGCUACACAAGUUAUAAUUCGUUAUACCAGUUACUCCAAUCAAAAAACAGUGUUUUAAGAAAUCACUGUAUUUGGUCAGAGUAACUCUUCCUAUACCGGAGAAAGAAGGAAAAGAAAAAGAAAGAAAGAAAGGCUAAAAAAAGGCCAAGUUUUUCCAGUGAUGUCACUUCCCCCUCGCUUGAUGAUGAGUGACGUCAGGAAGGACAGGCUGAGGGUAGGGCUUGCCAUCAUUGGCUGUCUGUUGCCAGCUUACUGUGUGUGCUGAUGUCAGACACCAAAUAUGUACAGAAUUGACAUUAGCCAAUGUCCCAAUCGAGUUACACCUCGAGCAGCGGACGGGUUAAACAACUGCAUGUGGAAAAUAAUCAGGUAAAAAAUAUGGUUAAACUUGAGUUUUGACCGAUUUGGCAAUGUGCAGAUUUACUCUUUUCAAUUACUGCAUAGGGUGGGGGACUUUAAAAUAAGUAAUUAAGGAAUGGACGAAUUACUGCACAUCUCCUAUGCCCCCACCAAAUGGUCUGUGGGCGGUGGAGGCUAUUAUAAAAUACAAAUGGCCUUAAAAAAGUGGGAAAUGCUUGUUUUACUUAUCAUAAACUCUGUUUAUUCCCUUCUCCAGCAACAAGGCAUUGGCCUAGGUGUCCUCUUUAUGGUCUUCAUGAUUCCCUCCGGGUGGAUCCUAGCGCACAUGGAAGAUUACAAAAGCAGGCCAGAAUAAUCAAUGCAAGCUGUGCUGUAUGAACCUCUGUGAUAGCUGGCGUGCGUUGGUGAAACAUCUACAAGCUCGGACUCAAAUAAACAGCCUUCCCAACUCAAUCACUAUGAAAUAUGUUCUCCAACAGUCACAUGCCAUCAUUGCCCCUUUUUCUACUUAAUAAAAUAUAUUAAAUGAUCUAAACGGCUCAAUUUAUUUAUAGCGAUAUUACAAAUACAGUUUGAAAAGGGUUGCUGUCCAUCCAGCUGGUAAGAAAUGAAUAAAAUGUUUACACUUUGUUACUCAUUCACCAUGAUUUUGUGGGGAAAAGUGUUUAUACGUUAUUCUAUUCCUAUUGUUUUUUUAAAUCAGUCCUCGUGUCUGCUAAUAGAUGUGACUUUAAUUUGUGGUUUUACACUCAUUUGUCUAAGAGUAAUCCUGCCCCAAGUUUCCUAAAUCCCUAAAGUUAAAGAUGAAGUCGCCUGGACCUGCAUUCCUGUCAAUGCUGUACCAAGACCCAAUAGCCGUAAAGUAAGAGAUUCUUUACAGUAAUAAAGCUAAAUAUGGAUUUUCUACCCAAUGAUACAAGAGUUGUUGUAUCAGAUUUGUAGAGAUUAAGGGAACGCUCCAAGCACCAUAAACAUUAUAGCAUAUUGUAGUGAUGCCAGAAGACUCCUACCCCAUAGUAAGAAGACAAACCAUUUUAGUACGAUUUUGCUUCCUACAUGAGGGGGUAAGGGGAGAAGGGUACUGCUCACUACGCGCACUACAUCUGCCAGACACCCAGAAUGUCUUGCUUCUGAUAGCUCUCCUGAGCAGGACUGGCUCAUUGGCUGAGUGUGUCAGCUUCCGGCUGUCUACUGUCACCUGUAUUGGAGGAGGAGCAGUGCUCGGUGGACUCCAGGUAAAAAGUCAAACUGUUCUACAAUGGUUUGACUUGGGUACCAGUAGACACCUAGCAGCAUAUCAACUACAGUGAAUAUUCAAGGACAUAAUAGUGAAUGAAGAAGAAAAAAUGUGAAGCCACUUCUUACAUCAAAAAUAUAUUUUUUUCCAUUCUUUGCAUACCUGGAAAUGGUUUUAUUCAGUAAGGACUUUUGCAUUAUUUUGGAUAAACAGCAGAUAUGUGCAAAAAGUUGAACUGAAUGUACUUGGGUCAUUUACAACCUACAUUACCAUUUUACUAUGUAACUUCUACAAUCACCUUGCCAGCAACUUAAUAAAUGGAUCCAUUCAGAUAAAAAUGUUAAAAAAAAUUUAAAAUCCAAUAUACGUUAAUAAAAACAAAGAUGAGAAUAGAUACUGAUAAAUAAAGUCAUUUCAUCUAUGUCUGUUUCGGCUGGGUUUAUUUACUGUGAACUUCAGCAACAUCUCAAGCUAAUUUUCUGUCUGUAAUAUUGGCUAAACAGGAAACAGGAUUGUGAUGAGGAAGUUAAUCUGCUUCCUAGAAAACCACAAAUACAGUUUAAGAAUGAAAAAAACUGCAGCUGCAGAGAGUAUUUAACCAAAAACUUAUACAGAAUGUAAGUAGGUGUCCUCUGUAAAGCAAAACAAUCCUCGCUAAUGCUGAAAUGCAUGACAGGAAAGUAGGGUGUCAAACGUACAGCCCACAAAUUUGGCCCAUGGGAAGUUAAGAUUAGGGGCGAGUUAAUAUAGCACUGGACUAGGCCCGUCACAGCGUUUGUUCCCCCCUUCUCCUCCCUGCGGAUUGCUGGUAGGAAGAGAAAAGCCAGGAACUUCAGACUCCCUUCAGCCGUGGAAAGCCACCCUCCUGCACCCAAACGGUAAAAAAAUAGGAGGGUGGCUAAAAUUAUGUUAAUUGUUAUUUGUGUGUGUGUGUGUGUACCUGAGUGACUGUGUAUAUCUGAGUGUGUGCACAUAUCUGUAUAAGUGUAUGUGUAAAUUUACCUGUGUGUACAUAUCUAUCAAUGUGUGUGUGUGGUAGUGCAAACAUCUCCGCAUUCAAAUACCAAAAAUGCACACAAACACACUCCUGCAUUGAAACACCAACACUACAUCGCCCUGGCUUGACUGGGGUCCCCCUGGAGCCUCUCCAUACUGGAACAGGAUAGGAAACUAGCUCUAUUCCCACCCAUGGUCUGGACAACACACAGUUCUGGGAGCUGUAGUCCAUACAAGGACUUUCCCCACCAAAUCCUCCACGAGCUGGAACAAGGUGCUGAGCAGUAAUUAGCCCUUUCCUCUCCCAGUAACUAGACGAAACAUAGCUCUGGGAGUAAAACUGAUUUUAAUGAGUCAAACUCGGCCUUUUAUGCACGGACCCCAGCAUGGGGUCUCCAUUGUAUUCAACACAAGCCCCUCCCAGGAAUCUCUUGGCCUGGGAGAUAAUUGAGUUAAAGACCGGUAAGCUAAUUUUGUCUCAGGAACAGAGAACCCAACACAAAACAUAAAAAUAUACAAGUACCCCAAAACAAGUACCUCAGCAGCCCCACUGGACCCCAGGGACCACACGCCAGCCGCUCAGCCCAGCGGCCCCACUGGACCACAGGGAAACAUACCAGCACUCCCAAAGGUAGGGAGGCUGGGUGGAGUGAAAUUAAAAAUAUAUAUAUUUUUCAUGUAUGUCUCGUAAUGAGUUUGUGCGUGUUAGUAACUGUGCAUGUGUGUUUGUCAGUGAGUGUGUAUGUGUUUGACAGUAAGAGUGUAUGUGUGUGUUUGUCAGUAAGAGUGUAUAUGUGUUUGUCAUUAAGAGUGUAUGUGUGUUUGUCAGUGUGUAUGCGUGUUUUUAAAAAGGUGUGUAGGUGUGUUUGUCGAUGAGUGUGUAUGUGUGUUUGUCAGUAAGUGUGUAUGUGUGUUUGUCAGUGAGUGUGUGUUUGUCAGUAAGAGUGUAUAUGUGUUUGUCAGUGAGUUUGUAUGUGUGUCUGACAAAGAGUAUGUGUUUUUUGUAUGUGUGUCUGUCAAAGAGUAUGUGUGUUUGUCAGUGAGUGUGUAUGUGUGUCUGUCGGUGGAUGUGUCCAUCCGUCAGUGAGUGUGUGUGUGCUUCAGUGUAAGUGUGUGUUGGUUAAACAGUGUGUGUGUUAAAGGAACGUUCAAAGCACUAUAAACACUAUUGCAUUUUGUAGUGAUGCCAGAAGACUCCUACCCCAUAGUAAGAAGACAAACCAUUUUAGUACGAUUUUGCUUCCUACACUGUGCCGAAAUAGGAUUGUGAUGUCCAGUAGCGUGCUGGUCCAAUUUUUUUAAAAUUGAGGUGUGCAUGUUGCCGUAUCCUGCUUGUGUUAUUUAUACUGUAGUUGCUUUGUAUCAUUGUAUUUGUGCGUAUAUGAGCUAUUAUAUUGUAUAUGUCCAUGAGUAGUUUGUGGUAUUGUGUAUGAUACUUAUGUAUGGGGGCUGCUUGUGGAAUUGUGUGUGUGGAUGGAUAUGUCACAUUGUGUAUUUGGUAGUGUGUGUAUGUGUGGGUCUGUUUCGGGUAUUGCAUGUGCAAGGCAUUCAUGUUGGGUUGUGUGUAUGUACGUAGAUUGUUAGUUGUUUUACGUUUGUGCGGAUUGUGAGUGUGUUUGUUUGUGGGCUGUUCAUAUUAUUGGUAUGAGGGGAGGGUUAUUCUGCCUUUCUGUGUAUAUCUAGCAGUGUGGGUGGUUUCCCUCAGUUCCAGUGGGGACCAGGCUGGCCAGGUACAGGUCAAGGACAGGAACCGCAGGGCUGCUCUACUCCAGUGUGGAUUCCCAUUCACAAGUGCUGGGAGGAAAUGAUCUGAGCUCACUUCCUCUAUGUGCUGCAAUGCAUAAAUUGAGGAUUCACUACCUUUUCAUAUUAGCAGAUAUCUGAAAUUUCACUGGGACUCCUGAUAGGCCAGAGCCUGUUUGGCUCUAGCAGCCUUGAGUGCUGUGGAAAGACACCUCGAGUGCCAUGCAUGGCGCACGUGCCAUAGGUUGCCUACCCCUGAGUGUGUCCUCUUUUUUCAUUUUACAAAAAGUGCAGAUUUCAACAUGAAUUGAAACAUUUAUAAAUUAACCAUGUUACAGCCUCUUGGCUGUGAGACAACCGGUCCUGUUACUACCUGGUUUGUUUAAUUAAGUGGAGAUAAACUCAAGAGGCAGCAAUUACCCAGAGCGCCUACCUUACACAGAGUUCUCAUUGAGCUGCUUUGGGAAGUCUGUGCUCUGACUGUGGACAGCCACAAAAAGGUCUAUGCUAGGAAAACCCUCCUGGCUGCAGACAGCAGAUUUGCAGCUUUUGCAAGAUGCUUUUAGAUAUAAUGCAAUGAAAACAUACAUAAAUAAAGGCAUGCAUGUUUCCAUUGGGGUAUAUUUUCCAAAUUGUUAUUUGUUUUACCGCAGGAGUGCUCUUUUAAGCUGUAGAUGAAUGAUACUUACUUUGAUAAUAACUGUCGGUGAGUCAUAAUCGAAAUCCCUUCUUAAACACAGGUUAUUUGAAUAAAUAUAUAUUUAAAGGGGAAUUGAGCCCUAUUUCCAAGUCAGUCUCCAAAUAGCUUGGUUUUUCAACAAAGCUGUAUUUUUCCACAUUAGAAGGGGCACCUUAACUACGUAAGCCAGUUAUUACCAAUAGAAGGCUUAACCAAUCAUUGGGCACCACAAUCACUCGUGUAGUUAUAUUUACCGCUCAAAGGGAAUUGGUAACAUGUAAAAACAAAAGGAAAAAAAUCUCAUAGUGUAAAUUUAUUAACACACAAACUAGUAAAAAAAAACACACAAAAUAAUUGGCACAAUAGGAUUUAUGUCUAUAUUGUGCAGACUUGCGUUUAUAGCCUCGAAUAGGCUUGGUCCCCAAUGUGGUAGACAGCUGCCAGUAACUCCUUCAAGCUCUUAGAAAAUGUAAUAAAGCAGCAGAAAAUGCUAGUAGAAUGCUUGGUUGUAUAGGGAGAGGUAUCAGCCUCUUGCCCACCGCCUAUGGGCCAAGUCAACGACUGUAAAGACCCAUAUUUUAUUCCCCCUGGUUCAACACUUUCCAUUCAUGCAUAUAGAACCGAACACUAGCUCCCAGGCAGCCGUUCGCAUGGACCAAAACCGCGAAUAGACUUCGGGGGGCUGCGAAUGCCCUGGAACUAUUUUCGGUCCCCAGCGGCACUUAGCCGAUUCUAUGGAACUAUUUUGGGCAUAGGACCAUGCGUGCGGUCUGUCAAAUUAGGACUUCCAGGAAAAUCCUGAACCCCAGAACCGAUCUGGGUGAUCUUUGGAUAUGUUGGUCACUCAAAUCAGGGCUAUCAGGAGAUGUGACUUUUAGGGGGUUUUAUGCAGUUUUUAAAGGUUUUUAUUUUAUUCUUUUUAUGUUUUCUGUGCCUGGAGAUAAUUGAGUUUAGUACAGUCCUUGAUGCAAUUAUCUCUCAGACACAGGGGAGGGAUUAUCUUAUCUUUUAUGGGAGUGUACUGGACCUGAGAGCCAAUGUAAUUGUGUGCAUGUUUUUACUGUAGUCUACUCUCAGGUCCUUACAUGGGUACCUGCAUAUAAGGCCAGUUGUGGCUGCCAAUAAAUGAGUUCCUGGCUGGCCAUGAGGUUAAAGCCCAAAAAUGUUCCAGAAAAAUAGGUGUCCCGGCCUGUCCGAACAUCGUAUAAGGUAUUCCCUUGGUUUCAGGGAGCGAAUGCUCCCUCCAGUCGGUAGUUCUCAUCUCCCGAACAUUGUUCGAAUAGCUAGUUGUGAAUUGGGACGGGCAGCAGUAUAAUCUUUGCCGGAGUUCGUGCAAGUGCCUAGCUGAACAGAGUUCCAGGCAAUCGAUGACCAAGUACCACUGCCCGCUUUCUGGAGACAAAAUGUCCACUAUUCUUUUGUCAACCACGUGUAUUCGGUUACACAAUAUGGUGGCCAACAAUGGAAGCAUUAGUUAAUUAUUUCUCUUGAGGUUUCGCACUUAGGUUCACUGGUGUGAAGGUUCUUAUGGGGUAUAAAAAAGUAAAACAGUGGAAAGGAAUAGUAUGUUCUGCCACACAGCUCCCCCUUAAUUACAAGCCGGCAUACACAGUCUGAUCCUUACGGAUUGGCUUGGGGAUAUCCAAGGGAGUACUGUUUGCCGUAAUAACUCGUUGGCUUCCCAUUUUUCUUACCGGGUGAAUAAUGGAUGGUAAAGUCAUAUGGCUGUAAGGCCAGGCUCCAACGUAACAGCCUGGCGUUGUCCCCAGCGACCCGGUUAAGCAAUACCAAAUGGGUUGUGAUCCAUGAGUAGGGUAAACUGUUGUCCAUAGAUGUAUGGCUGACGUUUUUUAAGAGCCCACACACCACAGACACUCCUUUUUGAUGGCGGCAUAGCUUACGUCCCUGGGUAAUAACUUUCUGCUGAGGUAAGCUACAGGAUGUUCUCCACCAUCAUCCCAGACCUGGCUCAGCACUGCUCCCAAUCCAAACAUGGAGGCAUCUGAGUGGAUGAGAAAAAGUUUAUUUGGAUUAGGAGUGGCCAGGACGGGUGCAUUUACAAGGGAUUUCUGUAACAGAUCCCCUGGUAUUGCCUGGCCAACAGACUUGAAACAUUAUAACCACUGGAUUUGUUACUGUUGUUAUAUUUCACAUACGAAUGGGAAAACGAAUGACACUGCUAGCCCAUUCGUAUGAACAAACAAACUACUGAACCAGAGACCACCCAGCCCAGGCAUGUGCCGCUAAUUAACUCCUUGACUCUGUGCCAGACCACAAACCGCAAACGUUCUAAGUGGUUCACUGGGUGGCCGUCGAUUCGUAUGUAUGAACACGUGGCGGCAGCCAUCUUGUUUUGUUGAACGCGUCCAGUGGUGUUUGGUCGUCGAGUGUCUGGAACUAGUUUCGGACACUCAAACUCCUGAACACCACUGAGACUUCCAGGACCACUUAGUUUCGUAUAGAUUUAUACGAACAAGACGGCGUCCAGUAAAAAUAAUCCAUGAACGAGGCGGCACACGACCAGCAAAGACACAAACAAUAAAAAGCAUGACUGUUUGGUAUUUUAAUUUCAGAGGGGAGGAAUUUACUGUAAUGAAUGGUGUUUAACUGUGUAACUGAUUGGUUGUUGAGUUUGUGUUUUCGGUGCCCAACAAGGUCCACAUGGGUGGUAACCUUGUGGGUAAAGUUGUCUAAAAGAAAUGCUUGUGUGCCCGUUAAAUCAGUUCCUGCUUAACCCUCAAUACGUAGCCUCGUUCUUGUUAGUGAAGGGAACCUGCAUCUAGCUAAAUCACUAGCUCUUGUAAGAGCUCGGCUACUCUCUCUAUCCUGAUCCAGCUGAUGGGACAUCUGGCCUACUCUGCAGCACAGUCUCUCGCCGGGGAAAGACAUCUCCAAUGGCAGACAUCCCUCUGACAACCUGGGUGGGCGUUACACUUUCUUAAGUUCGUGAAAAACUUGCUUGCACUCUGGGGUCCAGUUUACUUGGCAGGGUACGUUUUUCCGUGUCAGGUCGGUAAAGGGCUUCGCUAGGGCACUAUAGUUCAGGACAAACUUUCUGUAAUAUCCGACAGUCCCUAAAAAGGUCAUUACUUGUUGUGGGGUAGGGGCCAAUUAGCUACUGCCUCAAUCUUUGCAAUCGGUUCAGGUUUUUGCUCCCCACUCCCUACUCUGUGUCACAGGUACUGCAUCUCUGCCAUUCCUAUGUGGCACUUGCUGGGUUUUAAAGUUAACCCUGCCCCUCUAAUUUUAUCAUGUCAUCACGUUUAUCACAUUCACACGGCCCCUACAUGUACCAGAUGCUCUACACAAGUGUCGCUGAAUACUGAAAUGUCUUCCAGGAACGCAUAAUCCUGAAGGCCAUCUAAAAGUCGAUAUACUAUUCUCUGGAAGGUGGCUGGGGCACUCUUCAUUCCAAAUGGCAUUAUCUUGAAUAGGUAUAGACCGAACGGAGUAAUGAAUGCCGACUUCAGGAUAGCAUCUGCCGCUAAAGGGAUUUGCCAGUACCCUUUACAUAAGUUAGUGGUGGUCAGGUACAGAUUGUGAGCAAUUCUAUCUAAGUGCUCAUCUAUACGAGACAUGGGGUAAGCAUCGGAUACUGUUUUGUCAUUGAGCCUUCGGUAGUAUAUACAAAAUCUGGGUAUUCUGGAUACACGUUUUGUAUCAAAGACUACCGGGGAAGGCCAAAGACUCUUAGAUGCUUCUAUUAUCUCUUGGAUCUCCUGCCUCAUAUUCUCCUGAACCGCCUCCUGGAUUCUGUACGGAGUUUGCCGUAGAGGUUGUUGGAAGGGAGUUUCCAAGUGGGUUGGAAAAAGUCUCUUGCUUUGCAGACAGCACUUUACUGCUUUCCACACUGGUUAGCCGGUCCCCUAGUUGUACCUCAUCAAUGGACCCUGCCUGAAUUCUAUUUUCUAUGAGAUCUGGCAGGGGAAGAUUGUCAAAAUCUACCGAAACGGGACCACAUACAGCGGCUAUGUCCUCUGUCCGCUCAUGUUAGUGCUUCAGCAUGUUAACAUGUAACAUACGUCGGACCCCAUCCCCAGAGCAUGGGCCGAUAACAUAGGCAGUGUUACAUUUCCGUUCCACUACCUGAGAUGGGCCCUUCCAGGCAGCCUGUAGCCUGUCAUGUCGGAAGGGUUUUAGAACCUUCUGUCCCAUUUGAAAGCUCCUGGCUCCCUGAUCAUACCAUGUGCGCUGGCGCUCCUGGGCCACCUGGAGGUUUUCACAUACUAACUAAGUUCCUCUAGUCGGUCCCGGAAUUCCAGUACAUACGGAAUGAUGGGGUCCUCCAGGCUUUUCGGCCUCCUUGAUUAGUUGGUGUUGAACCAGGGUUAGUGUGGCACCUGUGUCUCGCAGACCUUGUAUGGUUCUCACGUUCAGUUUUACGGAUUGUCUAUGGUGACUCCAGUUGUCCGCUGCUGCUUGUACUGGGUCUGCCUCGUGUAGGAAACCCCUGGCCUCUUCGCUAAUAGGUUAGGUUUGCAAGGUGGCUACAUGAUAACAGUUAGCGGCUGCCCUGGGUGCUGGUUCAGGUCGUACCCACUGGGACCGGUCUCUCGGCUGGGGGCAGUCCCUUCUUAUGUGCCCAUAGAGGAAACAUUGAUGACACUGUGUAUUGGCUUAGUUUGGUGGCCUUAGUGAUGCUACUGGAGUCGAAUGGCUCAGAGGCUGUGGUGCUGCAGCAGGAAAAUAAGAUUGAGUAG